CGAGUCUAUCCAUCUCUGGACUGCGCUAAAAAUAAGGCAGCGGCCAAGCUAGGUCUGCUCUCACAAUCCUCCUCAGGCAGGGAGUGGCGCAACCACUAGCCCCGGCAGGCCCCGCCCCCGGGCAGGCCCGCCCCUGCCCUAUCCCGAUCCUGCCAGGCGCUCCAAUCGCUUGUAGAGACCAUCGCUGGACCCAGGCGGCUGUGUCGAUCUCCGCUCCAACUGGAGACAGGGUCCAAACCAUGGCGGAGAAGGCUCAAAAGAGUGUGAAGAUUGCUCCUGGAGCAGUUGUAUGUGUAGAAAGUGAAAUCCGGGGUGAUGUAACCAUAGGACCUAGGACAGUGAUCCACCCUAAAGCACGGAUUAUUGCGGAAGCCGGGCCAAUAGUGAUUGGGGAAGGUAACCUAAUAGAAGAACAGGCGCUUAUCAUAAAUGCUCACCCUGAUAAUAUCACCCCUGAUGCUGAAGAUCCAGAACCAAAACCUAUGAUCAUUGGCACCAAUAAUGUGUUUGAAGUUGGCUGUUAUUCCCAAGCCAUGAAAAUGGGAGAUAAUAAUGUUAUUGAAUCAAAAGCAUAUGUGGGCAGAAACGUAAUCCUGACAAGUGGUUGCAUCAUUGGGGCUUGCUGUAACCUGAAUACAUUUGAGGUCAUCCCUGAGAAUACAGUGAUCUAUGGUGCAGACUGCCUUCGUAGGGUGCAGACUGAGCGACCACAGCCCCAGACACUACAGCUGGAUUUCCUGAUGAAAAUCUUGCCAAACUACCACCACCUAAAGAAGACUAUGAAAGGAAGCUCAACUCCAGUUAAGAACUAAGAACAAUAUACAACAUCAAGAUAACAGUUUGUCUUUGACCACUGUCUUUUGAGAGGGCCACAGUGUUUAUGCGCUCUUAGCAAUUCACAGAUUAAUACAUGUUGUCAGAGAGGAAAGUAAUGGAUUUUCAUUAUAACUGUCCUCUGUAAUUACAUAAAAUGCAUUAUUUUCCUAUAUCCUUACUCCUUUUCUGAGAAUUUACAGGUUUGGUUUAUUUUUCUUUUGUCAUAUGUUGGCCAUGAUUUUAGUUGUGUAAAAGAUUCCCUGUGAUAAGAAAGGGCAUAUUACUAUGUAUUUAUAUUGUAGCAUAUGUUGUAUUCAAUAAAAAUGCUAGUGACAGGA